AUGUGUAUCAUUUGGCAAUGCAAAGUUUUCAUCUAUACGUUGAUUUUAAUCCAACAAACAGUCGGCCAAAGUGUACACGAAAGCCCUAUAGCGAGCGUCAUUCGUAAAUCAAUGGUGGCCACAGCCAAGUCUUGCGUAAACCAUGUAAAUGCCACACAAGAAGAUUUGGAAUACCUCCGUAAUGAUCCUCCAUACCCGGAGAAAUCGUCAUGCAUCAUUAUGUGUUUAUUAGAAAAGGUUGGCGUUGUGAAAAAUAACAAAUAUUCCAAAACAGGCUUCAUGAUGGCUGUAUCACCGUUGGUUCUAGCUAAGAAAAGUAAAUUAGAACAUAUGAAAACUGUUUCUGAAAACUGCGACAAAGAAGUGAACCAUCAUGACAUAGUCCCGUGUCAACUUGGCAAUGAAAUAAUUACAUGCGUUUAUAAAUACGCUCCUGAACUGCAUUUGAAGAGUUAA